AUGUCAUACUCUACUAAAACCGCAGCAGUUGCUCCAUCUACCAUGUUGAGUCAAAAGAGCUUUGACUUUGAACAAGAUGAAAAGAUUAUUAUGAAGAAGAUGAAAGCUACUCCCUACCAAAAGAAUAUCCUCAAUUGUUGGGAUAUCAAAGAGCAAUUUGAUAACAUCUCUGGUCUUGCCAUGUUUAGAAGUGAAGAAAGAUUCUUUUGUUAUGUCGUAUUAUUUACUUUAUUGUAUUUCUGUAUGCACUCUUUAUUAAAAUUGUAA